AGAGGUGGGGUUUCAGGUGUCUCCGGAAGGUGGUGAUUGACUCCGCUGUCCUGGCGUCGUGAGGGAGUUUGUUCCACCAUUGGGGGGCCAGAGCAGCGAACAGACCUUAAAUAUCUCCUCCAGGCCCGUCUGUUUGACUCCAAGUACCUUGUGGAGGGCCCUGACCUUAAAGAUCUCAUCCAGGCCUGUCUGUUUGACACCAAGUACCUUGCAUGCUGUGGUGAUAAUCCUUCUCACCAUAUUUAUCUGGCUGAUGGUGUCAUUGCCAAACCAACAAACAAUACAAAAAGUGAAAAUACUCUCACUGAAAGAUUUGUAAAACAGAGUCAGUAUAGUUCAGUCGACAUUAAAUGAUCCCAGCUAUUUGAGAAAGAACAGUCUCUGUUGACUCUUUUAUGUAGAUCAGGUCUGUACAUGUACUCCACUGAAGCUUAUUGUCCAAGAGGGUAUGUUUAAAUGGCUAAAUAAUUCAUCCGUGCGACAGGAGUAAUUGCUACAGUGAUACCUGAAAUACAGAGCCUUUUGAUGGAUGUUUUGUUUAACCUGAAAGUAUAGCUACUUUGUUUGCUAGUUCAGCUGGUUAGCUAACUCUGUCUCAUUGACCACCAAAACGUUGUUAACGCUGGCUAGCUAGCCAGCCACUUAAUAUACUGUUACUUGUUUUAGCUAGCUAUGUUAGCAACGUUAUGAAAACAACUCCCAUCUGCUGUCGACAUCAGGAUACGAUUUGAGAGCAUUGGUUAGCCCCCAAAAGUGCUUGUAACUUUCUUUGACUGCAUGAUGACAGUGGAUUCAGAGCCAUUCAGUGGUUAGCUACACUACACACAUAAUUUUUUACCAGGUUCCCGUGAAGCAAUUGGACGGUCUAGCACAACAUACGCAAGAGUUUCCUGCUUAGCAAGGGAUCAUCUAUGUUUUAUUUCAUUGUGUAUUAGAAACACAGUUUGAAAUCAUUGUGAGGGGAUUUUGCCAGUGGUUGAGAAUGGGGAUAUAUAUGGGCUAUAUCCGGGAUAAUCUUGUCUGAGGUUACUACAGUAACCAAUGGGAAUGAGGCUUAGUGAAAGGUCAACAUUGCAUCUCUUCACAUUUAAAAAAAUAAAUAAUUGCUACCAGUUUGACAACAAAACAUGGAUAACAAACAGCAUGUUCACGGUAAUAAAGUGUAAAAGAUGUUUCAUGCUGAAACCUCUCAUAUUAAACACCAAUGGUAUUCACUAAGUAGAUGGUUUAUAUAUGUUUUACACAGCUUUUGGUAUUCUAUUUUUCCAUAUAUCUUCCCAUGUUCGAAGGCCACGCAGAGGACCAGAGAUCAUUAGACACCUGUGGUAAUCUGACAUACCCAAAAAGAACACUACAUGUCAUUUUAUUUAAAAAAUAAAUAAAAAUAUGAACGUUGAAAGUUACCUAAAUUCUGGUAGUUUACUGGUAAACGUAGAAAUGUUUUCUAGUAAUCCCUUCUGUAACCCAGGUUACGUCAUCCUGCUCAAAGAACCAUGAUAAAGAUUUUUUAUUUUUUUAUUUAACCUUUAUUUAACCAGGUAGGCAAGUUGAGAACAAGUUCUCAUUUACAACUGCGACCUGGCCAAGAUAAAGCAUAGCAGUUCGACACAAUACAACAACACAGAGUUACACAUGGAGUAAAACAAAACAUACAGUCAAUAAUACAGUAGAAAAAAAGAAAGAUCACGACUAAGUGGUGGAGUCAGAGAGAGGUUAAGGGACAACAAUAACAACAUUAAUAAUCAAAAACAGUGCAGUCAUAAAGUACAUAAAGCUCAAUAUAAGAAGGGGAGGUUGAGUAUCUUGUCUCAAGGGAUGUCUGGUUUGGAGUAUAAAGUCUCAUGUGGGUCAAUUUAUUGGACCACACAGAGUUCCACUCCACAAACCAACGACGAAUUACACUCUACAGACCAAUGAUCAAACAGCGAGGGGGGGGGCGGAAACCAGAACAACAGCAAGUGGGUUUAUUAUGACAUUUGUGUACCAUUCGUACAUAUCAGAGGAUUGAAAAUACCGUGUCAAUGAAAACAUUGACAUUUUACCUUGUGUUUUUUUGUUUUUCAUCUCAAUUCGUUGGCAAUACUCAAAGUGUAAUGAUCGAAGAAUUCCAGGGAUUCAAUUUUUCACACAACGGGUUCAUCUUUGUGGGAUUCCCAGUGAUCUACGAGUACAGACGACUACUUUCCUUACCGUUUUUCACCACCUACAUUUUAGUCUUGGUGGGAAAUUCUUUGUUGAUCUACGUGAUUAGAAUUAUGGAGAGUCUCCACAGCCCCAUGUAUAUAUUAAUAUGUGGUUUGGCGGUGGACAUAGUGGUGGCUACAGUCAUUAUCCCCAACAUGCUGCUCAGCUUUCUGUUUGACUGGAAUGACAUCUCAUUGGCCAGCUGUUUGACUCAGAUGUUUUUCACUCACUUCCUGUCAUCAGUAGAGUCGACUAUUCUCCUGGCCAUGGCGCUGGACCGCUAUGUGGCUAUCUGCUACCCUUUGCACUACGCUCGUAUCCUCAACUCCGCCAUGUUCCUCAGACUGUUGCUGUUCACUGUUAUAAGGAGUGGUUCUAUCAUGUUUGUACUAGUUGCGCUCGCUGGUUCUCUGUCUUUCUGUGGUUCCAAUGUCAUCAACCACUGCUACUGUGACCACAUGGCCCUGGUUAGUCUAGCAUGUGGUAACACGGACAAGAAUAAUGCGAUAGGAUUGGCCGUGAUUAUCUGUUUUGUGGGAAUUGAUAUUUGCGUCAUUAUUUUCUCCUACAUGAAGAUUCUGAACGUUGUGUUGCGUAGAGCAGCAGGGGAGGACAGAUGGAAAGCGUUCCACACGUGUGGCACUCACCUAAUGGUGAUAAUGUGUUUUUAUUUGAUUGGCACGGUUACUUUUCUGUCACGGAAUCUGAAUAUUCAAAUUCCAACUGACAUCAAUACUUUUCUAGGAGUGAUGUAUAUUGUUCUACCAGCGAGUGUCAAUCCAAUAAUCUAUGGAGUCCGGACAAAGGAAAUACGAAAACGUAUUUUGAAAAUGUUCAACACAAGAGUAAACAACGAAUUGACUGUUCAGGUUGCUAUUGUAGAAAUGUGAUUAGUUUCAAAAAUCUACUUUAGACAAGGGCUAGGGUUAGAAUUGUUUACAUCAGAAAUUAUUCAUACCCUUUGACUUAUUUCCACACUUUGGAAGUUAAAACAUGUAUUAAAAUUAGAUUUUGUGUCAAUGAUCUACACACAAUACACCAUAAUGUAAAAGUGGAUUUAUGU